UGUACAGUCUACAGUUAACGAGUUAUAUCCUUUUCAGAAAUGGAGAAAAAGUAUGUUCAUGUUCAACACGGCAGACUUGCCAACUCUGGUUAUUUAGCAAAUUGCAGAGAUUCAGACGGACGCUUCCAUCUGGGUGUUAUUCUCCUUCUGGGACUGUUGAGCAUCGGCCUGCUCAUUGGACUGCUGGUCGCCAACACUCAGUACAAUAAAGCCAAAAGUCAACUGACAAAGGAACUCCAGGCUCUAAAACAAACCCACAAAACUUCUAUUGAUGCGCUGCAAUCCAAGCUUGAAGAGAAAUCUAAAGAGCUGGGCUAUGCGCUGAACUUGGCUCAACAGAAUAGAGACUCAAAAUGUAAUUCAAAUGAUGACCUUCUAAACAAUCAGACUGAUCGCCCCUGCAUCUGUAAUGAAACCCUUUUCAACUUAACAACAAAAUUAGAGCAGCUGCCCACUGAUCUGCCCGAAGAGGAAAGCGGUUUCCAGGGUUUGUCUAAGCAGAACACAACAUGUCCUGAAGGAUGGACAAAGUUCAAUUGUUCUUGUUACCAGUCCUUUGGUGCUGGUUCCUGGGAUGAAGGCAGAGAAGACUGCAUAAGCAAAGGAGGAAAUCUGGUGGUCAUAGACGAUCCUGAAGAACAGACAUUUGUGUCUACAUUUGCCAAGAACCCUUUGUGGAUUGGUUUGAGCGACAAAGAAACUGAGGGCUUCUGGAAGUGGGUUGAUGGAACGUCUCUGAGUUUCACGUACUGGGCGAAGACUCAACCUGAUGGUGAUAUAAACACACUGAGGGGAGAUGAGGACUGUGUACUGAUCAGAAGCUAUGAUGACCUGUUCUGGCACGAUUAUCCAUGUUCUCUAUCCAUGCACUGGAUCUGUGAAAAAGUGCUGGCUAAAGUGUAGGACAAAAUAUGAAAAAACAUCUUUAUAACUGUUGUUGGAUUUAAGCUUUCAUUGUAUUUUCUACUUUUAUGCAUUUCCUUGUAAUUUAACAGAUAUCAACAAUAUUGAUUAUUGGAAUGACUCUUACAGUGUGCCUGCAAUAAAUCAGUAAUCAGAGUCUUUUGUUGGAAGAAGGUGGCAUGUCAGGAUCUCUGUCCAACUGCUGGAAGGUAAUAGAUCAGAAACAUUUUUGUUGGUAUUCAGGUAAGGCGUGCAGUCAAAACCUGUUUUUUUUCGUGUCACAUUACUGUGAUAUUUUUAAGUUAAGACUGAUUCUGGGAAAUUAUAGCAAACCGGAUCUUUUCUUUUCUUUUCUUCUUGUAAUCUUCUUGUUUAAAACAUCUCUUUCUUUCAUAUUAUCUGCUUAACUACUCUGAAUGUAGUCACUUUAUGUUACUGAUCAUGUAAAAAAUAAAAGCAAAUACAAAUGAACAAGAAAAUAACCAAAAUACAAGAAAAUAAACAACGGAAAAGUGGCUUUUAUGGAGCACAAUUAAGCUUGUCUCAUUA